AAUGACGGGGACGGGGAUCCCCGCGGGGAUUUUUGACGAGGGCUAAUUUUGCCUCCCAUCCCCAUUCCCAGCCAAUUAACAUCAAAAUACAUAUUUUUUACAUCAAAAAUAAGUAAAAAUUAAUGAGGCGUGCAUCAAACAUAUAGUGAGUGAGGAUGAUGGGAUACUGCAGCUUCGACAGCAACUCUAGGCUUCAGCAACAGAUAGACAGCAACUCCCGGCUCCAACAGCAGAUCGACAGCAGUUUUAAUAACAGAUCUAUAGCAGCAGCAGCAGCAGAUCUGUAAUACCCCAAAAUUUCUAGAGCAUUAAGUGAGAGUUAGGUACCAAAUUGUGAAGAAAUACUAUUAACGAACUUAAUGGAAAAAAUUUUCAAAGUUUAGGGACUAAAAAGAAAGGAGAUUAGGAUAAGGAUCAAGGCUGAUAUUUUUAUCCUCAGCCACGUGUUUUGCUCUUCAUCUUGAUUUUUCCUCUCCUCUGUCGACCGAAGCUCCCCUAAGCCACCGACUCAUCCCCUUUGAGAAAAAUUGGUAACAAGCUUGAUUUUUCCCUUCCUUUUCUUGUUAAAGAACUGAUUUUAGGACCUAGAACCCUCCCUUUG